CUCACGAGAGUGUCAUGACACUGUCGGCUUGUAUCAGCUUGGGUGCGAAGCGAGAGAGCCUUCAUCCAGGGGCACCCGUUCCAAAAGCUUUAAAAGAAACAAACAAACAAACAAACAAAGCGUCGAUAAUUCAUUCUACAAAUGGAUUCAUCCACACCGAGAGUCUCAUCGGCCUUCGCGAUAAACUCGAAUUCCAACAGAAAGCCGAGCUCGACGUCCGAGUCAACACCUUCCCUUCCGCGCUCAAAAGAUGGAAAUUGUGCCACGGUAAAGAUAGGCUUCUUUGAACUUCCGCUGUUCUGGGCGAACGUAGUUUUCGCACUUAUCACAGUCCUUUCUAUGGUUGGCCAGAACGUUUCACUUCCCCUAUGGAUCGAUUCUACAAAAGGUAACAGCCCGGGGCACACGGUGGACAGCUACUUUGUAUUACUAUUUACAAAUGUGGUAUUUCUCGUGAUUUUUGGACUCGCAGUUCUUUACAUUCGAAUAUGUUCACCAAACGCUCUCAGGAAAAUAAAAGUUCCCCACAUGCUGUUGUUUUUAGUGGGUUUAUUUGACUCUUUGAGCGAUGGAAUGAUUUCAUUUGCGAGUAAAGGUUCCCGCACUCCACCAUACCAACAAAACAUCCUUGGAAACUUCAUCAUUCCCUUGACUAUCUUUUUCAGGUGAGUUGAUGUUAUUAUUCAAGUUAGCUGCUCAGUUUGAGAACUUCAUGAGCAUGGGUUAGAUAUGGUGAUCCCUGUGACUCAAUAUCAUACAGUCACGCUGAAUUAAAGUUAUCUUCUUUACUCGAACAAACAUUUAUUCUAGAGUUCCCCAUCCGUAUUAAUUCACACGGGGAGUCCGUGCCGAUUUGUCUUAAACUUAUUCUUGCUGAUUAAUACAAGGAACGACAAGGUAAAUCAAAUUAUUUGCGAUACAUGUAGCUAGAAAAGAUCGAGGUACAAUAGAAAUGCCCCCCUUUUUAUGCUUGGGUCCUUGUAUAUUUUAUAUAAAAGAAAAAAUUAUGGGCCCGUGCGCCAUUCAGAAUCUGCUUCUCAAGAAUCGCUAUAUGAAUUGCGACACCAUAUUAUUUUCUAUUACAGAGCCAACCUAAUCACUUGUAGAUCUCGCGCUCGAUAGUUUUGCUACAAUUUAAGCACGAGAAAGCUGCUUUGAGACAUAAAAAAGCCUUAACCAGCCGUGACAAUCUCCUUCUUGUCAUACAACAGUCCCAACGUUGCGUGACAUGCUAGGAAUGGAUCCGUACGGAUGAGAAGGAGAAUAGUAACUGCUCAGUACAUACAUGAUUUUGAGUGAUUUGAAGAUGAACUUUCUGUGAGCAGUAUUUGAUACAACAUAUCGGUGUCAUUACCGUAGCUGUGAUGCCCCUGAGGAUAGUAUCUCGAUAAGAACAGUAGAAGUAACUUUUCUGCAAUAUCCCCACCCCUCCCCCUCCAGGCUCUACAUUUCACUGCAAAGUUGAUUAGGCGAAGAGGAGCUUGAAGGGGAAGAGUAGCUUGUGCACAGAUGCCACCGCGGAGGGUAGGGGUGGCCCUACAGAGGUUAGGAAAAGUGCUGACAAGUCUCAUCUGUUUUUUUGUUUUGUUUUGUUUUCUUCUAGGAUCCUCAUUGUGCACAAGAAACCGUCUAGACAAAAACUUUUGUCUGGUCUUAUGGUAAUGAUUGGUCUUUUCAUUAGCUUCAUCCCAACAGUUUUGUCGGAUAUCAGCAACAGAGAUCAAGACGAAGUUGAUGGUAUUUCAAGAGUGAUGUGGCCUAUUAUGUUCAUGUUUGGAUUUGUAAGAAAAUCUUUAAUUUAUAUGUGACCAUUAUCAAGUUUGUGGUGAGCAAGUCUGACUCGAAUAGCAUAAAGUGGCCCAUAGUAUUGCCGUUUCACCGGAUGCGAUGGCAACAGUAAUUUUAGAAGUUGCGGAUGGGUGUGAAGAACACAGCAGUCACAUGACAUACGCGUUGGAUAUGACCUUAGCUAGUUGAUACACAGGCAGCCCAAACUCCAGCUGUGAGAUUAUCAUCUUACGAAAUAAGGGUCUUGCGAACAUGGGAACAUUUACGACCACUCUUAUGAAUAAAAAAAAAUACGGUCAAAUUCUCAAUAUAUACUUCACCUUACUUCCACAGUGCAUUGCUUGUUGUCUGAUCGCUUACUAUGUUGAAAAGAAGUCAUUUUAGCGAGUUAUCCUUUCCUACGUUCACUACUCCGGCCUUAGAGGUGAAUGCGUACGCGGGUCGUUAGAAACGUCUAAACUGGAAAUUUGGAAGCAAACUGCGGCUUAGCGUCGGUUUCAUGGGGAGGAUUGAGUUAGAAGUGAAUUGAAAUGAAACUGUAUGUGCUUGGAUUCUUCGUUGGAUUUGCGGCCGCCCGGUCAUUUUGAGCUUGGAUUUUUCGCUUUUCGGAUCGGGCGUUCGGAAAUGGAGAAUGCAGCCUUGUCCUUCUCUUAGGAGUAGUAAACCUAGAAAUGGAUAACUCGCUAAAAUGGCCUCGUUGCAGCAAAGAACAGUAACCGUCCACAUAACAAGCAAUGCACUGUGAAAGUAAGGCGAGGUAUUUAUUGAGAAUUUGAUUGUAUUUUUACUUCCUAAGAGCAGUCGUAAACAUUUCCAUACAAACUCUUCUAUUUUCGCCAUGACUCUUGUUUCGCAAGAUGAUUAUCUCACAGCUGGAGCUUGGGCUGCCUGUGGUUGAUUUAGAGACGGCAUUAGGGGAGUGGGGCGAGAGAUUUCAUCGACGCUCUCCAGAAUGGUUUAUUAAACAGUUGCAAAGUUCAUCUCUGCUCUACUCUCCUAAUGAUCCAGUAUCAACCUUCAUAGUGAAUUUAUCUGUUUGGGGUUGCUUCGUGUUUUUUAGUCUCCUUAGCAGCUGUUGUUGUGGGCCACGUUAUGCAUGGCGCUCUAAUAAUUUUUCUCAAUUUUAAUAAGCCCUACAAGAAUUUCCGUUGUUAUAGAUUCCGGCAGCGCUAAUGUUUAUUCUUGAAGAAAAAGGAUUGCAGAAGGAAAAUGAAACAUCGGAAGAGAGGAUUGGCGUCAUUUAUUUUUUAUUUUGGACGACCACGUAUCAAGUAUUUUGUAUCUCUGUUUUCAUGAUCUGGUUAAACAUUUUGCCAUGGUAUGGAAAUGUUACAUAUUUGGCAGAGUGUACCGGAAAGUAAGUAUACCUUCGUUGUUUCGUUAUCUCGUUCUCUCGCCCUCUCGUUCUUCCACUUUUUCGUCCUUUGUAUUUUUGUUCUUCCGUUCUUUCAUUCUUCAUUUCUCUCGUAUGUUUCAUUCUUUCUUCAUUCCUUAUUCUGUCAUACUUUAUAUUUCAUCAUUUUUUUUAAUAUUAUUCCCUCGCUUUUUCUACAAGCCUAAGGGUCGGUUAUUCAAACGAAGUGUAAGUUAUACAUUGUUUACGGCAUACAAGACAGACGAUUAUUGUUCCUCAGUUGGUAGUUAAACAUGGUCUAUAUACAGCUUUGGACGAUCGGUUUCCACGACGCCUUAAACAUGGGUUAGACGGCAGUUGUCAUAGACGGUGUUUAAACCUCGUUUAAAUAAUCGACCCUUAAGUUACGCGGACCGGAACAGAGUGAGAUGAAAACUGGCCUCGUAGUUUGGGACUUGAAAUGGACGAAAUCACCGCAGUAACACUUGUAAAUUGACAUUUUUUUUUCAGCCUUUGGUUUGGAUUGCGAUGUUUCUUCGGUGCAGCCGGCUGUGAUUAUUCAUCAGGUAUCAGAGGAACAAUGUACAUCGCGAUGCAUCUGCAAAAUCACAUUGCAGCAGCUUGCUUAUUAAGAUAUGCUGAAGGUGCCACGUGGCUGGCGAUUGUGUCGGUGAGCGAAUAAACUCGCCAUUACUUGUUCAAUACGUUCAGUUCGCAAACUGGGCACAGAAGCAGGCUAAAAGUAAAAAAAAGAAGGUUCUCGCGUGUUAAUCUCUUCCUGUCCCAAGGCCAUCCCGCCCAAAACUCUUCCCGUUUCGUUCCAGCCUGAACCCGUUCAGACGAAAGAAAUCUUGAGGGAAAAGUAAUAAAUGUGUCUGAGUAAUAAGACAUGGAACUUUGAAAAAAACUAGGGACAAGGUUGCGUCGGCCAACAAAGUACUGUCUAAGGCAUUUAUCACUUGAUCAAUGAUUAAAGCAACAGAUCGAACUUUUUAUCACUUUACUGGUAUAAUAUCCUACGCGGAAGGUUGAGAGAACACGAGGAAAGUUUAUGAAUCACGAAAUAGAGACGAGUUAUUUACAAAAUUUUGGGGAGUGCGGUUCAACUAAGACUGAAACCUUCUCGCCUCUUACUUGGUGUAGAAGACAAAAGAAGAAAACAAAAAGACAAAAGAACUAGGAAUAUGACGAAAACAGAAGGUUAAUGAGGUGGUGUUCUAUUGUGCCGUAUUCUGUGUCUUCUACACCAAGAAGGAGCCAGUUCAUCUUGCCUAAGGCGACUUACAUAUAGUGCAGAAGCCUUUCCUUCAAAUUGAAAUGAUUUACCUUGACCGUUUUAUUUGACCGUUUUAUUUGACCUUGACCGCUGCACCGGUAUCGCAGAGGUCAUGGGUUCAAAUCCCGUACAGGCCUGAAUUUUUUUUUUUUUUUUUUUUUUUUUUUUUUUUUUUCAGGCCUUAUUUUCACUACUGCCUAAGUAGUGCACAUCACUGCGAGGAUCACUUUCAUUCACGUCUUUAUCCGCAGUUCAAUUAUAUGACUUUCAUAUAUUCUUAACCGUCUAUUGUUAUCUUAAUUAUUAUUGUCAUGAUUAUUAUUUCUUAGUCUGUGGUAACUCCCUUGGGCUUUCUCUUCUGGACAUUGUUCAAGGAGGUCCCGUUCAAAUGGCAGCCUCGAUGUGACAACAGCAUCUGGUUUAGUAUUGUCGCGCUGGUGAUCAUUGUUCCCGCCAUUUUUGUAUACCAUAAUGGGUAAGAAAGUAAACAAUCGACUCUCUCUCAACCCUUACACUCUGUAAUCAGUGCGAAUAUUCUUCACACUAUCCUUAUCACAUUUCUUCUGAUACUGACAAGGAGAAUUUUUUUAACAAUCAAGACCUAUUUUGGUGAGUGAUUGUUUCCUUUAAUCUCGUUACCUUAACGCUUGAAGCAGAGGUGAUAUUGGAAAGGGAAAUAAGAUACUAUUCACGCUUAGGGAUUCAAGGAUUAACGGAUACUCUUGAAGCAAAAUUCCGCUGCGGUCACGCGUGUAGGUCAGAUGUCCUAUGUUCCCAUUCAUACCUCCCCCUCGCUAUACCCCCAACAUUCAUCGCUAUAAACCCCACCUCCAACCCCCACCCCCCACAUCUUCCGCCAUUUACUUUCGGGGGAGAGAUGGAUGGGAACAUUAGGACAUCUGACCUACACCCGUCACCGAAGCGGAACAAACUCUUGAGAAAGCGUUGCGUAACAUCCAAAGCACGGCUGCGAAGGGAUGACAGUUGUUCUAUAUGGGAAUAAAUAAUGUUCUCGGACAAGUAUACGAACACGAUUUCGCGCCAAAUGAAAGUUUUGGUUUGUACACAACAAACUCUUCAUUAUUCAUUGCAUUAGUUUCUAAGGACUCUGUUAUAAUAUUUAACACCCCUUUCUCACGGAACACACACACGGGGCGGGGAGUAAAAGUUGGUUCCCACGAAUUGUACCACGACUUGAUGAACUGAACGGGGAAAUAUCUCUCCUUUGUUCACUCGAACUUUCCAAUUGCCAGUUUCUUCAAGUAAACUAACUUAUGGCAUGUUAAGGUGAAUUGUAUGGCAACUAGAGUGAAACGGUUACAUUUGAUGACCUUCUUGCACCCAAGCACUAAACUUCAUUUCUGUCUUGGGUUUGGUUUAUUGAGGUUUCUUGCAAGCUCGUUCCACCUCUCCGAGCUGCUCCCCCCUCCCCCUCCUCCUCCCCUGAAGUAAACAUGAUCACCCCCAACGUUAACUAGUUAGCCCAAAAUUUUUCAACUUGUUUUACCACCUUCCUUGUUUUUUGUCUCAGAGCUCCAGAGAUUCCUACUGAUGGAAAAGAGCGAAGAGACUUUGAGGUGUCGCAUCGAUGUCGCUUUUACCGUUCUGAACCUCUAUCUGAUGCAGCUCGUCCUCUGUUGUCUGAAAACAACAAUUUGGGAAAUUAUAGCGUUUAAGGAGGGUGAAAUUUCAACAAUAACUAGAUAGUAAAAGUACCCAAAGCUACUAAAAUGUUUCUUUUAGUAAUUGACAACUUCUACAUUUCGCCUUUUCUUAUUUACAAUCAUUCCGUGACAAAGUCUUAUAAAUUUUGGAAUUGUCAUUUGCCAAGGACUAAAACAACCGUUUUUAAUGAUUUGGUUCUGACUUUUCGAAUUAGAGAUCUUUGAUCAAACUGGAACAAUGCUUUCCACUAAUUAUUUUGGAAUCGUGCAAUAAGUUGUUUUGUAAAUAGAACAAGAAAGAUGGUGAGUUUUGAGUUCGUUAAAGAAAUAGAGAAAGAUGUCUAAUUUUCGUCUUGUCUCGAGCGUGGGAGAAGG